UGUCGCCCCGCCUGGGGGCCCGGUGCCUGCUGUCGCCGCCCCGGGGGGCCCGGUGCCUGUCGCUCCGCCCGGGGGCCCGGUGCCUGCUCCGCUCCGCCGGGGGCCCGGUGCCUGCUCGCCCCGCCCGGGGGCCCGGUGCCUGCUGCUGCUCCGCCCGGGGGCCCGGUGCCUGCUGCUCCGCCCGGGGGCCCGGUGCCUGCUGCUCCGCCCGGGGGCCCGGUGCCUGCUGCCCCGCCCGGGGGCCCGGUGCCUGUCGCCCCGCCCGGGGGCCCGGUGCCUGCCGCCCCGCUCCGCCCGGGGGCCCUGCCUGCUGCUUCGCCUGGUAAUCCGAUGUGCCUCUGCCUU